AUGCCACCUGUCAAUCACGGCUCCGGUGCGGAUUGGUCAUUACUGGGCCGUGAUGGAGAGGCCUUUGACCGACGGACGGGGGUCAAACUGAGGGAAAAUGCCCCGAGCGGAAGGUGUGCGGGUCGUUCCGGACACUUCCGCUCUCACCCUGACAUCCACUUAGCGCCUCACCACGUGCACUACACCACGUGCACUACACCACGUGCACUACACCACGUGCACUACACCACGUGCACUACACCACGUGCAUGGCCCCAAAUCCUGCGCUCCCUCUGGGCUUCAGGAGACACGUCACGCAAGACCUCACCUCCAGACCUCCAGCGUUUGGACACCUGCCAGAGAAGAGACAGCAGCGAUAAAUAA